AGUUCAAGUGUGAAGCAUAUCAAAGAUGAAUUACAUGUAAAUGGAUGCUAUCCAGCCCAAAUUAACCAAGAAGGUAACAUAUUCAGAGACAAUGAAAAAAAAUAUAAUUGGACAUUCAAUCUGUCUCAUAGAAAUAGGUCACUUACAUCACAGAAUAAGAUCUACACAGAAGAGAAGCAAUCUAAAAGUUGGGAAUGUGGAAAGAGAUUCCAAAAGACUAGUCAACUUACUUCCCAUAACUGGAUCCACACAGUGGAGAAGCCAUAUAAAUGCAGAGUGUGUGGCAGAUGCUUCAGGAAAUGCAGAUAUCUUACAUCUCAUAAAAGGAUCCAAUCAGGGAUGAAGCACUAUCAAUGCAGGGAUUGUGGGAAGACUUUUAUUUAUCAUAGUCAACUUGCUUCCCAUAAAAUAAUCCACACAAAGGAGAAGCCAUAUGAAUGCAGAGAAUGUGGCAUAAGCUUCAAGAAAAGCAGUUAUGUUACUUCCCAUAAAAGAAUCCACACAGGGGAAACACCCUAUCAAUGUAUGGAGUGUGGAAAGAGUUUUAGGUCAAGUCAUCAACGUACUUCACAUUACUGGAUCCAUACCAGUCAGAAGCCAUAUAAAUGCAUGGAAUGUGGAAAGACGUUUGCUUGGAAUAGUUCUCUUACUUUACAUAAAAGGAUCCACACAGGGGAGAAGCCGUAUACAUGCAUGGAGUGUGGAAAGACUUUUGCUCGGAACAGUCAACUAACAUUGCAUAAGAUGAACCACACAGGGGAGAAACCCUAUAAAUGCAUGAAAUGUGGAAAAGGCUUCAAAUCAAAUGGUGAUCUUACUUUCCAUAAAAAGAUCUACUCAGGGGAGACACCAUAUAAAUGCACAGAUUGUGGAAAGGGUUUCUGUGUAAAUGCAUCACUUAUAAAACAUCAAAGGAUCCACACAAGGGAAAAGCCAUAUAAAUGCAUGGAGUGUGGAAAGACCUUUGCUCAGAGCAGUUAUCUAUUUUCCCAUAAGAAGACACAUACACAGGAGAAAUCAUAUAAGUGUAUGGAAUGUGGAAGAUGCUUUAUGUCAAAUGGUGGUCUUCAGACCCAUAAAAGGAUCCACACAAGGGAGAAACCAUAUAGGUGCAUUGAGUGUGGAAGGGUCUUUACAUCACAUAGUCAUUUUAAGAUCCAUUAAAUGAUUCACACAGAGGAGACACCAUAUAAAUGCAUGGAUUGUGGAAGGGGCUUCAUGUCACAAAAGUCUCUUAGGAUCCAUGAAAGAAUCCACCUAGGGGUGAAACCAUAUAAAUGUAUGGAGUGUGAAAAGGCCUUUGCUCGGAGAAGUACUCUUACUUUCCAUAAGAGAAUUCAUUCAGGGGAGAAACCUUAUAAAUGUAUGGAGUGUGGAAAUAAAUUUGCCCAGAGCCAUCAACUUAAAUCACCAUACAAGUUGUCCUGUGGCAAGAUGUGCAGGAAACCCCCCGCAGCAAUUGGCUAUGGCAAGUUGGCUGUGGCAAGUUUCAAUAUUUGUAAUUUCACGUAUAUCAUUCUUGAGUUUACAGUCACUGGGAGAAACAGCAGCUCUGGUGUCAAGUCAAAGACUCUCAAUCUCAUCAUUUUGCCAUCUGCACAAUCUUGUUCUGUUCCUUUUCCCCAUAUUCAGGAAGGUUCCGUGGCCUAUGAGGGGGGGGCUGUGUAUUUCUCGGAGGAGGAGUGGUCUCAGCUGGAUCCUGAUCAAAAAGCGCUGUAUUGGGAAGUCAUGCUGGAAAAUCAUAGGAACGUGGCCUCUCUCAGUGAUGAUGGGCAGGAGAAUAAAGAUUCCUAUGAACCAUUACAAGGGAUAAUCGGUGAAGAGGGAAUGGAGACAUCUGCAGUUGGAAUAGAAGUAGAAAGAUGUGAGAAAAACCAGCCUGACAAUUGGAAUCAGGAAAGCUCCUCUUCCGUUGAUGCUCCAGUGCAAGACUUUGUGGUCCAACAAGGGAAAAUAAAGGAAUAUUUUGGGGAAAGUGUGAAGCAGAUCAAAGACGAAUUAGAUGCAAAUGGACACUAUCCAUACCAAACUAAUGGAGAAGGUAAUUUAUUCACAGACAAUGGAAAAGAUUACAAUUGGACAUUCACUUUUUCUCAGGGAAAUAGGUCUCCUACAUCUCAAAAAAGGACCCACAUGGAAGAGAAGCAAUCUAAAAAUUGGGAAUAUGGACAGACGUUUAGAAAAGGCAGUCAACUUACUUCCCAUAGCUGGAUCGAGAAGCCAUAUAAAUGCAGAGAAUGUGGCAAGUGCUUCAGAAGAUACAGUCAUCUAUGUUCUCAUAAAAGGACCCACAAAUCGCAGGGUCCACAUAAAUGCAAGGUGUGUGGGAAGAUCUUUCCUUAUCCCAGUAAACUUGUUACGCAUGAAAUAGUUCACAAAAAUGAGAAGCCAUAUAAAUGUAGAGACUGUGGUAAGAGCUUCAAGACAAGCAGGUGUUUCACUUCCCAUAAAAGAAUCCAUACGGGGGAAAAACCCUAUCAAUGCACGGAGUGUGGAAAGAACUUUCGGUUGAGGCAACAACUUACUUUACAUAACUGGAUCCACAAAGGGCAGAAGCCAUAUAAAUGCAGAGAAUGUGGAAAAACCUUUGCUUAUCCCAGUAAACUUACUACGCAUGAAAUAGUUCACAAAAAUGAGAAGCCACAUAAAUGCAGAGAGUGUGGUAAGAGCUUCAAGGCAAUCAGUUAUCUUACUAUCCAUAAAAGAAUCCACACAGGGGAAAAACCCUAUCCAUGCAUGGAGUGUGGAAAGAGCUUUAGGUCAAAUCAUCAACGUACUUUACAUAACUGGAUCCAUACAGGGCAGAAGCCAUACACAUGCAUGGAAUGUGGAAAGAACUUUUCUCGGAACAGUUCUCUUACUUUACAUAAAAGGAUCACAAGGGAGAAGCCAUAUACAUGCACGGAGUGUGGGAAGACUUUUGCUCAGAACAGUCAACUUACUUCCCAUAAGAUGAUUCAUACAGGGGGAAAAUCAUAUAAAUGCAAAGAGUGUGGCAAGUGCUUCAGAAGAUGCAGUACUCUUACUUCUCAUAAAAACAUCCAUGUGGGGAAGAAGCCACACAAAUGCAUGGAGUGUGGAAAGAUGUUUGCUUAUCCCAGUGAUCUUACUAAGCAUGAAAUAAUUCACAAAAACGAGAAGCCAUAUAAAUGCAGAGAGUGUGGUAAGAGCUUCAAGAUGAGGAGUUACUUCCCAUGAAAAAAAUCCACACGGGAAAAACCGUACCAAUGCAUGGAGUGUGGAAAGACCUUUGUUUAUUCCAGUGUUCUUAAUAAGCACGAAAUAGUUCACAAAAAGGAGAAGUCGUAUAAAUACGAAGUAAAAGCUUCAAGACAAGGAAUUACGUUGCUUCCCAUGAAAGAAUCCACACGGGGGUAA